AUGGCUCAUGGUCAUCACCGUCACUCGCGCAUCGGCAAUCUAAUUAGCGCCAGGCGCCACCGGGAAGCCGAGCUUGAUGAACAAAAUGCGGGACCUGAUCUAUCCGAUCAAACCCCCAUCCUCCCGGCUACUGAUAUACUUCCGGAUGAAAAUUGCGACUCGAAGAACUCUAUGUGUCUUGAACAUGGCACAAACGAAUCCGAUUCACUCCUCGAAAAGCGGGCAGAAACAACCUCCGCCGAACCGACUAGUAUCGAGACUGUAUUGCAGAUAGUCGAUGCUAGCUCACAAACCCCCUUUCAAUCGACUGCUACCGACUUUCCGAUAACGAUAUCGGAUUCUGCGUAUGCCAUCGGCACUCUACCGGGCUCAGACGGCUUGACUGCGACUGCGAGUGCAAGUGCGAGUGUCACCGCGGCUGCUAGUGUCUCUAUAGAUCUAGAGCUAUUGACCUCACCGACAGCGUUGCCACUAUCCGAGACGUCGGUUUCAAGCUCCGCGAACUCCACUCAAAUUACUUUGACCACAUCCACGAAUUCCACAAGUCGACUUCCAUCGGCAUCAAGGUCUGCCUCAUCCAUAGUCAUCAAUUCGCCUGGGUGGACCUCGACUCGCCUCAUCGCCCCCUCUAGCUCCACGCCCUCUGUUACGACAACAUCAUCCCAGGCGUACAAUUACUGGUCAUAUUCGGGUCAUACCUCCAGCUCCUCCUCCGCCUCCUCCUCCUCCGCCUCCAGCUCCAGCUCCAGCUCCAGCUCCUCGACGAGCUCGACCUCUAGCACAGACUACACAACCUCUUCAUCAAAUGUAUAUGUAGGCUCUGAGUCAACUAGCUCAGCGACUGGUACCGGAUCCGCGCCGACUACAAGUCAAACGCAGGCCUCGGGGCAGGAGUCGACAAGCAAUCCCGACACACCCAAAAUCGUGGGCGGUGUAGUAGGAUCAGUUGCGGGUCUGGCUCUCAUCAUCCUUCUUCUAUUUUACUACCUCCGCCGCCGAGGAUACUUUAUGGGGAAAACUGGGAAUCCGGCUAUGUUAGGUGACGCGGCAGCUGGGGCUGGAGCAGGGGCUGGGUCUAGAGAAAUUGUCGAGCGACGUGAAAGCAACGAUCCCCUUUUCACCGCCUCGUACCUCGCCCCUGCAUUCAUGAAGCGCUGGCGUCAGUCAACGGCAACAGUCCGCUCUGGAAGCACCAUCGACUCUGUCCCCAGCGAACGCGGGUUCCAAAAGAUUUCGGGCAGAAAGCUUCCUCCCGUCUUCACCCACGGUGGAGACGGAUAUGGUGGCGGACUGGACGGCGAUUCUCCCACCGGAGCAGGUCUAUCUGCUACCUCACCAGCAAUGGGACCAAUGGGAUCACCCUCCUUCUAUGCUCCGCCCCCAAGCUCGCAAUAUGGCAGUCCCCUGGACUCAAAUUUUACCCGUGAGGUUGAGGAGCCCACCCCACCGACACGGCCCAACCUUGUCCACCUUCCUAUCUCUAACACGGUCAACGUUGGCACUCCCAUCACUGUCACACCGGCCCACCCCGUUGCGCAACCCCAGAGUGCAGUGCCCUUCGCACCGUCGCGGCCGGAUGGGCUCGGCCGCAGUCUGCAUAGUCUCGACGGGAGUCGAAGCAGCCGCUUCACUGAGGUUAUGGAUCAGUAA